UUUGAUGUAAGCCGUCCAGUAAAAACAGUUUGUACGGAGCGAGCAGAGAAAGAGCUGGUGAUUUGUCUGUUGUCCAAGCUAGAAUGUAUACAAACUGUAGCUUCUUUUUAGUUGCAAUAUGAAGAAUGGAAGAAGACGAUGUUACUAUCAGGGAACAGAAUUUUCACAGCCAAGUUCGGGAGUACAUCAUUUGCUUCCUCCUGUUUGCGGCCCUCUACAUCGUGUCGUACUUCAUCAUAACGAGAUACAAGAGGAAGAGUGAUGAUCACGAGGAUGAAGAUGCUAUUGUCAACAGAAUAUCAUUAUACCUGUGCACCUUCACACUGGCAGUGUCCGGUGGUGCUGUCUUCCUACUGCCUUUCUCAAUCAUUAGCAAUGAGAUCCUCCUCUCCUUCCCCAGAAACUAUUACAUCCAGUUUCUCAAUGGCUCACUCAUUCAUGGUCUGUGGAACCUUGUGUCGCUGUUCUCCAACCUUUGCCUUUUUGUCCUGAUGCCGUUUGCAUAUUUCUUCUUGGAGUCUGAGGGAUUUGCUGGAUCAAAAAAGGGCAUCAAGGCGCGUAUUCUGGAGACAUUUGUGAUGCUCUUUCUUCUAGCUUUGCUCAUUCUUGGCAUUGUGUGGGUGGCAUCAGCCCUAAUUGAUAAUGAUGCAACUAGUAUGGAGUCACUUUAUGAUCUUUGGGAAUUCUACCUGCCAUACCUCUAUUCUUGUAUAUCUCUGCUGGGAGGACUGCUUUUACUGAUGUGCACUCCGGUUGGAUUAUCCAGGAUGUUCACUGUCAUGGGCCAGUUACUAGUGAAACCAACAAUCCUAGAGGACCUAGAUGAGCAGAUUUACUGCAUCCAUUUGCAGGAGGAAGCCCUUCAGAGGAGAUUAAACGGCUCAUCUAUGCACACCUAUGAUCGAGGAAGUUUUACUCACCAACUCGACAAAGAUUUGGAAAACAUUAGAAAUCAGAAGAAUAAAUUAGAGAGAAGAAAGAAAGCAUCAGGAUGGGAAAAGAACUUGUUGUAUCCUAUAGUGAUGCUGAUCCUGCUUGCAGGAACGACAAUCUCUGUUAUUAUGGUGGCGCUGAAUAUCCUCUACCUUCUAGUGGAUGAGACCGCUAUGCCCAAGGGAUCCACAGACCGUGGCAUUGGAAAUACCUCCUUGUCCACAUUUGGUGUGGUUCAGGCAGUGCUCGAGAUCAUCCUCAUGUUCUACUUGAUGGUGUCUUCCGUCGUUGGCUUCUACAGCUUGCGUGUCUUUGAAGGACUCACGCCUAGGAAGGAUGACACGACCAUGACAACGAUCAUUGGCUGCUGUGUGUCUAUCCUGGUCCUGAGUUCGGCUCUUCCAGUAAUGUCCAGAACUCUCGGCAUCACCAGGUUUGAUCUUUUGGGAGACUUUGGGAGAUUCAACUGGCUGGGAAACUUUUACAUUGUUCUUUCAUACAACCUGCUUUUUGCCAUUGUGACAACUCUUUGUCUUGUGAGAAAGUUCACCUCAGCAGUGCGAGAAGAGCUUCUUAAGGCCUUAGGUCUGGAUAAAUUGCAACUGUCAAACAGCCCCACAGACCCCGAAUCUGGAAAGCUUUCGGCCAACGGGCAUCAAAAAACUCUGUAAAAAGGACAAUGGAUUCAGACACAUUCACAUUUGCAGAGCCAAAGGGAGAUUUCGGCAGUACUGCCUGACUGCAGAAAGGUGAAACGGAUAGGAAGGAACUUAAUAAAUCCAGCCGGUGACUGUCUGUUGCUGCAAAUGGAGGCUGAG